AGCCAACUUCUGAUGUGUGUGUGCUGUGAUCAGGACGCAGGAUGUUCUCUGCUGAUAACUCAGGCCUGAUCGUGGUGUGGAAGACGACAGGAAGUGAAGGAAAGAAGAGUCUGCUGAGUCAGCGCUGGGUUGUGGAGAAGGAGAUCUCAGAGAGCGACCUGCUCAGCGUCCCCAUCAACAAACUGCAGCUGCAUCCCAACGGACGCUGCCUGCUGAUCCACGCCAGAGACAGCGUGCUCCGGAUGAUGGACCUGCGCAUCCUGGCGGUGAAGCGGUACAUCGGGGCCACGAACUACCGAGAGAGGCUCUGCAGCACCUUCACCCCCUGUGGGAGCUUCCUGUUCUCAGGCAGCGAGGACGGCAUGGCCUACGUCUGGAACACGGACACCGGAGACCAGCUGGCGGUGUACUCGGAGCUGAGUUUCUCCACCGCGCUGCACGGGGUCUGCUUUCACCCCCACGAAAACAUGGUGGCCUUCAGUGCCUUCGGACAGGAACAGCUGAUCCACCUCUACCUGCACGACCGCACAGUGUCCCAGCUGGAGGGCCAGAGUCUGAAGGCCAGCAGCAGGUCGUCCUCUGCAGACCCCCGGACCCCCCCCGCCCCCCCCUUGCAGGACUCCAUGGAUCAGCUGAUCCUCACCACCAGGCUGGCUCUGAAGAUGCAGAGCGUCAAGCAGCAGCUCGACUCUGUGCUG